GUUCCGGGCAGGCGCCGCCCUCGGCGCUGGGAGCGGUGCGGGCGCGGGGCUCGAUGGCGGCGGUGGCGAGGGGCACGGCGACGCGGCGCAGCCGGCUGAAGCGCUCCGACGGCAGCACCACCUCCACCAGCUUCAUCCUGCGGCAGGGCUCAGCAGAUUCGUACACAAGCAGACCUUCAGACUCUGAUGUCUCUCUGGAAGAAGACAGGGAAGCAAUCCGCCAAGAAAGAGAACAGCAAGCAGCUAUCCAACUCGAACGGGCGAAGUCCAAGCCAGUAGCGUUUGCUGUUAAGACUAACGUGAGUUACUGCGGAGCUCUGGAUGAAGAUGUUCCUGUCCCAAGCACUGCCAUCUCUUUUGACGCCAAGGACUUCCUGCACAUUAAAGAGAAGUAUAACAACGACUGGUGGAUAGGAAGGCUGGUCAAGGAGGGCUGUGAGAUUGGCUUCAUUCCAAGCCCACUUAGACUGGAGAAUAUCCGCAUUCAACAGGAGCAGAAGAGAGGCCGUUUCCAUGGAGGGAAAUCAAGUGGAAAUUCUUCUUCAAGCCUUGGAGAGAUGGUUUCUGGCACAUUCCGAGCCACUCCCACUUCCGCAGCGAAACAGAAACAAAAAGUGACAGAACAUAUUCCCCCAUAUGAUGUGGUACCAUCGAUGAGGCCGGUUGUCCUGGUGGGUCCGUCACUGAAAGGCUACGAGGUGACAGACAUGAUGCAGAAAGCUCUCUUUGACUUCCUGAAGCACAGGUUUGACGGGAGGAUAUCGAUAACGCGAGUGACAGCUGACAUCUCUCUCGCCAAGAGGUCUGUUCUGAAUAAUCCAAGCAAGAGGGCAAUAAUUGAGAGGUCAAAUACAAGAUCCAGCUUAGCUGAAGUGCAGAGCGAAAUCGAAAGAAUCUUUGAGCUGGCAAGGUCCUUACAGCUGGUUGUCCUCGAUGCGGACACGAUCAAUCACCCUGCACAACUUAUCAAGACGUCUUUAGCUCCAAUUAUUGUCCAUGUCAAAGUGUCUUCUCCAAAGGUGUUGCAGCGACUGAUUAAAUCGAGAGGGAAGUCACAAAGUAAACACUUGAACGUUCAGUUGGUGGCAGCUGAUAAACUUGCCCAGUGCCCACCAGAAAUGUUUGAUGUAAUUUUGGAUGAAAAUCAGCUUGAGGAUGCGUGCGAACACUUGGCUGAAUACCUUGAGGCGUACUGGCGUGCUACCCACACCACCAGUAGCACCCCCAUGACUCCUCUCCUGGGGCGAAAUCUGGGAUCCACCGCGCUUUCACCGUAUCCUGCUGCCAUCUCUGGAUUACAGAGCCAGCGCGUGAGGCACAGCAGCCACUCCACAGAGAGCUCCCCCGUUGAGCGACGAAGCCUAAUGACCUCAGAUGAAAAUUAUCACAAUGAAAGAGCUCGCAAGAGCAGGAACCGCUUGUCUUCCAGCUCCCAACACAGCCGAGAUCACUAUCCUCUAGUGGAAGAAGAAUACUCUGACUCCUACCAGGACGCUUACAAACCCCACAGGAACCGAGGAUCCCCUGGAGGAUACAGCCAUGAGUCACGACAUAGGCUUUGAGUUCAAGAACCUGGGGAAAAAUAAGAUUCAUCAGUCGAUAACUUGCCAUAAAGUAGCUAGGAAAUUAAAAAAUCAUCUUAAUUUGGCAGGCAGAGCGCGGUUCUCCUGAUGCCGCGUUCAGCUCUCAUUUGAUCUUAAGUAGGGGGCAAAAAGAAGUCUCCAUGCCCUUGCAUUUGCCCAGUCACAUAGGUUCUUCUUUGGGUUUUAUUUUUACUACAGCAUUUGCAUUUAUAGCCAUAGUUUCUCUCGUCAUUAGGUAUUAGACGCAUCCGUUUGUAAUGUAGGGUCCUUCUCAAGGCACUUAUAAAAUGAUUUCCUGUGCUGGAAAUUCCAAAUGACCAGUUCCAGUUGGAACCAAUUUAUAAACCAAUUCCUGUUGGAAUUUGGGUGAAUUGACUGGAAAGUCAACUUGAGCAUGUUGUGAUUGAAAAAAACCGCCAGUGACAAAUCGGAAAAUCACAAACCACUUGAAGCCAGCGUUUGUUUGCUGGGAGCUCGAUUUUACAUGGAAGGUUAGAAUAAAGGGAUUUAUUCUAACUCCUUAUUUCCAGACAAACCAAAUGUAAACUGUUGAGAGUGCCAAAUCUCACCAAUUAUUGCAGCGGUUACGAAACACUUUCCAGUUUGAGAUUAUUUUUAAACCUGGCGUGAACAUUGCAGCAAAACAAUUCCUUCAGUUCAGCCAGUGCUGGCGUUUUUGUUGGAGUCAGCAGUGAUGAACUCUGACAGGAGAAGGGGAAAGAGAAACAGGAAAACAAACAAACUUAUGAAGUUUGUACUGUUAGAGAUUGAAAAUAGUGGUUUUUAUUUUUCCUUCUUUACCUGAACACAACUCAUAGUCCCCAGAUGGAGCAUGGGUGCAUAGAUAGAUAGUUUUUUCCUCCUGUUUUUAGUAUUCUGCCUUUUAAAAUGGCAAACAGUGCACUCUCCUAACCCAGGGUGUAGAGUACCUCCAUUCCAGUACAUCCCAGCACCUCCCUGUAUGUUCCCUCUUUCCAAAUCCCAUCUUUGAAUGUUUGAAAACUCCAGCACCGCACAAGAACUCUCCAGAAGAACAUCAGGUUUGAUUUCUGUAAUGAAAUCAGAGGGAAGGGAGGGGAGGUUAAAUCUUCCUAAAUGAACAUUUAAAUUACAUAUUUAUCGGUAUCAGCUUGCAAUAAAAUGGGAGAUCAGAAAAAACCUGCUCACAGUGAAGUUGUAGAGCUGACAUUUUUGAUUCAAAGAGCUAUGAUAAAUUCUUGGAGAUAUUGCUGCCUUAAUUCCUACCAAUCACUGCUCUUCACCUACUGAGUCUCCAGUUUCCUUAAACAGAUAAUUUGAGGUGAUUGGACCUUAUGUUGUACCCGAUCAGUGAAGCCUUAGAUCCAAUGUGAUUGAAAAAAUUGACCAUAACUGAUGGUUUUGUACAGCUCCCUCCUGUCUAUAAGCAGAGAUUCCUGAAAUUCCCCACUGCCCGCAUUUUCUAGACCUGACAGGAUUGUGCUGAACGUGCAUUUUUUUAUGCAGGUUCACAUCAAAACUAUUUAUUUUUAAUUUUUUUUUUCUUCCAAAAAUGAGGAUCAAUAACUUUUAUAUUUGCUUCUUUUCUUCCCAAAGCCCGCUCAAAGCAGGCUUUAAAAGCAUGUAGCACUAAGUGAAUUUCCUGCAUAUUCCAGUUUCUUUCACUUUCUGGACCACUUACUAAAGAUCACCGGUAUUUUCCACCACCGCUGAGUCCAGUUGUCGUCUUGAUGUUUGCAACCAAAAAAGUAACUCAUCUCAAAUGAGGGUGGGGAGGCCCUGGCCCAGGGUGCCCAGAGCAGUGGGGGCUGCCCCAUCCCUGGAGGGGUUCCAGGCCAGGUUGGAUGGGGCUUGGAGCCCCUGAGCCAGUGGGAGGUGUCAGGGGUGGCACUGGAUGGGCUUUGAGGUCCCUUCCAACCCAAACCAUUCCAUAAUUCUAUGAUUCAAACCAAAACAGAUGUACAUCUCUAGCAGCAGUAAAAGUUUGCAGGUGCAUGAUUGAUUCUUUCAAGAACUUCACUGCCUAAAAGGCAGUGUCAGUGCCACGAGACGAUUCGACUGGGCCAGCGACCAAGACAAAAAAAAAAAAAGAGAGAUUAUCUGCAUCCAUUGGAGUCACAGAGUUAGAAGUGGAUAAGGCAGACCUGAUCCUGUUUGGUUUUCUUAGGCUGAGAAAGCCCAGCACAAUCAGGUCUGGGCACGGUAGCCUCAGCUGCCUGCUCCGAUAUUUCCUGCUAAGCGGAGCACUCCUCGGUGGUUUUUACCAACCUUUGUUCCAUGUACAGCACACGUACCUGCAUGAGACAGAAGGCAUUAGGCAAAACAUUUUUUUCUAUAAGCUUUAAUUAAAGUUUCUUGUUUGUGUGCAUUAAAGUAUUAAUUGCAAAGGAUGCACUGAGAUGUAUAAACCUAGGUUAGACAGCUCUUUAUUUAUUCUGUAGUAGUGUUAGGGAUCGGAUCAUUUAACUGCUUGAAGAUAUUUGCAUUUUAACGGCAGGUGGCUGCAAAGCGCCUACAUAUAUUUAUUAAACAAGGUUACUGCUUUAUCAUUUCCUAGAUAAAAACAUCCUUUCUUUCUAGAGCCUUUCGGAGCCUUGGUUUUAAGUCUUCCAUGUCACGUUAGUGAAGGGAAAGAUCUGCACAAUACAUAUGCACAAAUUCCACCACCUGCAGCAUCUGAAGUGCCAAAACUACUUUCUUUGUUCUAAUAAAAACAAGCUUGUGAGGGACGUCGUGUAUUGUCUGGAGAGAACACACCGAGUUCCUCUUCACAUGGGUUUAAGUUUACUUUGCUCUCGUAUGUAAUUCGUUUCCCACCUCCGCUCCCACUGCCCGUUCCAUUUUAACAUAAGAACUCAGUUAUAAGGGAUCCAGCAGCUCGCUGGGGUUUUUAUUCUUUGAGGAUAUAUCUGUCUUUAAGUACAAAUAUGCUAACCUUGCUAAUAGAUUAUUGAUUUAUUCUAGGUACAAGCUAUGGGAACUCUUCCUUUUAAAAAGUUGAUGAUCUUUAGGAACCACGGUAAUCGGUCAAAGCUGCUCUGUCGAUCAGGCCACGUUAACUCAUAGUAUUUGUGUUAGAACUCGAGCAACGCUAGCCAGCUGUAUCGUGAUUUAUUAUGCAACAGCGCUAAUAUAACAUUGUGAAGUUCAUGUAUUCCUGAAUGAAUACGAGUCGGACUAAUUUUCUGGUCCUCAUACCAUUUCUUCUCCUUAUUAAAAUACUAUUAAAGAUCCGAGUUCUGUUCCUAAACUCAGGCUUAUGCAGAGGGUUUUAGGAGUGUUUAUAAAACAUUGAUUUUUUCUUAACUUUGUUGUCGAUGUGGGUUUUUCAUUAGGACACUUUGGGAUUGAUGAUAGUUUAGCCAAUAAAGGCGAUGGCAACAAUCUCAGUAUCUAAAGACAAGGUCAGUGCAUUCCUGUGUUUGUGAAUGAAUUAACAGGGUAUUUUAAAAACCUUGAAGCCACUUUAAAGACAAUGAAUUGAUAAAUGGUUAAUUUAAAAUACUUCUUGUUGGCAGGUUGUAUUUAGCAUUUAGAUGAACGUUUAUCCCAUGGGAUGUGCAGCUCACCACUGAUUGUGUUUUCCAAGUGCAUGAGGAAUUACAUUUAAAAGAAAGCAGCUGGAGCUGUUCCGUAUGAAGUUGUAGUUUAUAGACAGUGGGCCCAGUUAGGUGAUUAUUCUCUAAACAGGUCGGUCUCACAAAAACCAGUGUGGCAACUGAUUAUUCUGCUGGGGAACCAGUAGUGCAGUAUGGCCCGAAGACAAGCUUUUAUCCCAAAUGACCUCUUGGCAUGGCAAUCCAGCGGCAGCCCUGGGUCUGUACAGGCUAAGUCAGAGCAGUUUCUGAUGCGAGGGCAGUUGUUUCUUGCUGGUUACCCUGUUCUCAGCCGCUGGGUGCUCAGCCUGCUCCAACACUGUGUCUCGUGGAUGGAGCUCGGAUGGACCCGAUGGAUGAAGUGUGCUGGGACCAGGGGUGGCUCUGCCGCUCGGCAGACGCAGCUGCCUCACAGCGUCAGCGCUGGGUUUGCUGCACACAGAAAAACACGUCAUGGUGCUCCUCUGGGUUUGAGAGCUGCUGCUGAAGUUGAUAUUUGGGGGUUUAAUCUUUCAUGCUCCUUGCUUCUGAAGUAAUACUUAAAGAGAGUGACAGUUACCAGACGGAGGAAAGGUAGCGGUAGGAAUACAAAGAUGAUGGUGGUUCUUCUGGAUGCGCAUAGGCCUGUAACCAAGUUCAGUUUGACUGCAAAGUCUCUGAAUUCUGUUUGCUCUCAGUACCAUUGGCUUCUCUGAAACCUCCCAAGAUCUCACAUCUUUCUUGACAUUGUCCUUCCCAAAAUAACAUUGCUAACGCUAUUGCUCCAUGGCACACCGAUUUGGGUAAGCCAGGGCUUUCACGGGUCAUUUUUUCUUUAAGGAUAUACUAAAUGUGUCUUCUGCUGUAUUUUGUUUUCCAAGUUCAGUGCUUAUGAAGCUUCUCCUCAAUUCCAUGGUCUUCAUUUGUUUUAAAGCAAAAACAAUUGGAGGCCACAAAGGAAAAAAAAAAAAUCAAAUGCGUAUUUUGUAAAAUACCAUUUAUACAAAUCUGGUUUCACUCCUUAAAACUCACGUUUCAGACUUGGGUUAUGUUACUCCAGUUGCUCUUAAUACAAGUUUGGAUACUUGGGGUUCUGCUACCAUGUGUUUUGUUGCAGUUACCCCUGAAUUCUUUAAAUAGUGGCUCCACAAAGAGUAACAAGACUGCAAGACCAGAUUUAAUCCAGAUUUAACUCUGGGGACAUUAAUUUCUUUAAAAUUAUGCCAAAAGAGAGUAAAUUAUAGGAAGAGUUGUCAUUUGAAUAACCCUUGUUAGAUUGUUACUCAAGUCCAAUUUAAUUUAUACGGAAAAAUAAAGGUACGUCUUUAACAAUAAAGUGACAUUUUAAUAAUGUAAAAUAGAUGUAAGGAAUUAACUUGGAGAAAGGGCUGAAAAUGCUACUUAGUAUUGAAAUUGCAUUAAGAUCUCUCAUUAUCUGUGGGAUCCAUUUAAUAAGCAGUCAAGAGAAAUAUUGCAAUUGACUCCAUACAGAGAACUUUGGGAGAAGGCAGAAAUUGUUUUAAAGUGUUAAUAAGAGCGUGUCAUCCCUUUAUGCUGUGGGAAGUGGUGAAGCCGGGAGCAGCACUGGCCUGGGUGGUGUUCACUAGAGCUGCCUUUUCCCUCGUGUUGCUCAGCAGUGAAUCCCUCUCUGGGAUUCCUGUCUUCUCCUUUCUUCUCGAGAUCCAGUCUUUGCAAGGGCUGACCAGAGUGUCAUAAGCCUUAUCAGUAUUCCCUGAAAAACAGAACGUAAUUCAAUUUAGCACCACGACCCCCUUUGAUAUUAAUUCUACUCUAUGUAAUCAGUAGAAAAUCCUUGUAGUAAGCAGAUAAAUUGUGUGGGACAGAAUAAUAUGUUUUACCAAUGAUGUAAAAACAGAGCAAGGAAGAAGAAGCACAUUUGUAAUAGCACAAAUUUACUGUAAUUCCACCCUUGCAUUUGGCCUUGUAUUUUUGAAAAAUAUUAGCUGUUUUGAUCCAGCGUCAGUGGAUUUAUUGCGUUUUUGAUCAGUUUAACUCUCUGAUACUUCAGCAGUUUAUUUCUAGCCUCGCAUCCUGCGUAUGUGAUUGAUUUUCCAAUAAUUUGUAUUCCUUCCAUUUUAAUACAAAAAGAGAACCUUUUAAAAUUAGAAAGUCCAUUCAUUUCUGCUAGUUUCCUCCUCAAAGCUGAAAUACAUUAAUAACUUGGAAUUUUGUUGGAUGUAUAGAUUUUGCCAUAUGACUGAUGACCAUACCACAAGUACAUAGGUAGCCCAAGGUCUGGGAUUAAAUUCUCCUGGUAAAGAAGUUCUUGGAGCUACAGAGCGAUAUGCUUUGAUGUGUGGGCAUGGGGAGAAAAGAAUGCUCCACCCUAAGAGCUGUGGAUGAAUCCACCCAAAGCUUCCAUGAUACUGCUGAGAAGUUAAAUGUAGGGUAAGCUUAAGGAAUGGGUUGCCUGGGGAAGUCAUGGAUGCUGCCUCUAUGAAGGGGUUCCAGGCCAGGUUGGAUGGGGCUUGGAGCCCCUGAUCCAGUGGGAGGUGUCCCUGCCCAUGGCAGGGGUGGGACUGGAUGGGCUUUGAGGUCCCUUCCAACCCAAACCAUUCCAUGGUUCUGUGAAUGCACGCUUAGGCCCGAGGUGUAUUUACAUUGGGAACACGCACGAUGCUCUUCCCAUGCAGCGAGACAAGUUGUUGGCGUUGUACAAGAGCAGCAUAGGAAGAUAAGUGAGCAAAAUGUGAAUUGUAUGUAUGUGUGAGAAAUAGGGGGUGAAGAAAGAUGAAAACAAUCAUUCAAACUGCAAAUGAUGGACGUUGGGCUUCUCAGAUCCCAGAAAACCUCAGUUUUCCACCCAAACUGGUUCCCAGUGACAGCUUGGCAGUGGUAUGUCCAGCCUCGCUGGGAGCCAGCUCAGAGUCACGCUGGUAAAGACAUUAUUGCUUUUUACAAAAGGAAAAAAUACCCACAAAUUUGUAUUUUCUGCUGAUUCACCCCUUUCUGGUUUUACUUCUAUAGAUACUGUAUGUGUAGCAUUCUACGAGGCAUGCUGGGUACAAUAUACUAUGCAAAUGUGUACAGUGUUGCAUGCGUUGCUCUCCCUCUGCUUUUAGUGGCUUUCAAAGGAACAGAAAAAAAGUGUUGUUAUUUUUGUGAUCAGAAUCAUUUAACAACGAAAAUGCAGACUGCAUGCUGACGGUAUCCUCAUUUCUAUGGAUUGGUUUUAUGGAAUUUAGAUGUACAAAAAGGAACUGCAUUACAA